AAAGUAUAAAGAGUAAAAAGUAAAAAGUGUAAAAUAUAAAGUAUGAAAUGUAAAGUGUAAAAUAUAGAAAGUACAAAAUAGAAAAAGUGUAAAGAAAAAAGUGUUUAACGCCAAAAAGUGCAACUGCAUUUGACUGCAUGGAUUUAAGGAGUAGAAUAUUUUCCACGGAAUCAAAAAAGAGAAACACAAUUGCAUGAACAAUAAUGAAUCUUCUUCAUUUGGCGAAUCCAUCAAAAUUUUCAUACUGGCGACUGAAAAUCAACUUUGGCUGUAACGGUACCUGACACACAAGGAAGUUACUCUUAUUUUAACUUGUUGCUACCGCCUGCCUUCCUUCCUUCUGUUGUUACUCAAUGACUAAAUAUGAAAGUGUACGCGUAAUUAUUUCAACAACAAUAAAAAAAAAUAACUCCUCGGAAUAGAAUCCAACCAAAAAUUUGACAAUUCAAACAAUAAAAAUUAUUGUUUUUUUGAAAGGAAAAAUUGACAGUAAUUUUAAAACUGUGAUUUCGAUUGUGAUUUUAAUUGUGAUUUUUAGUUUGUGCUUGUUCGCUUUCAAUUGGAAUGAUUUUCAUAUUUUGUGGACUGUCGUCUGCCCAUGACGACAGGGUACUGACACCAAUUGUCGCUAAGGAGAGGGUGGUGCAAUCGGGACAUUUAGCAAAUUCUCUAAAUACGAUACAAAAUUCAUCGUCCGAUUGUUGGCAAUCGCCGUAUACGACAUUUCCACCGUUUUUUAGAAAUAAUAACAAUAAUAAUAAUAAUAAUAAUAGUAACACUGUCCUACAAUUGGAAGGAUGUAAAGCACAAUCUAGUGAAACAACGACCAAAAAAUUUCUCAAAUGGUUCAGCAGUAAUAAAUUGAAUCAGUCAUCGAUCAUUGAAAAAUCAGGAGUACUGGAUAUGGCUGCUACAGAAAGUACAAUCAGAUUUAGCGGUCAUACAUUGGAUAAGGCGACGAAAGCAAAAGUAACUUUGGAAAAUUAUUAUAGCAAUUUAAUAGCUCAACAUAUUGAACGAAAGCAGAGACUCGCAAAAUUAGAAGAGUCAUUAAAAGAUGAAGGACUUUCCGAGCAGCAGAAACAGGAGAAGAGGUUACAGCAUGCUCAAAAGGAAACAGAAUUUCUUCGCCUCAAGCGAUCUAGACUUGGAGUCGAAGAUUUUGAACCACUCAAAGUUAUUGGCAGAGGUGCUUUUGGCGAGGUGAGAUUGGUUCAGAAAAAGGACACUGGACAUGUAUAUGCAAUGAAAAUCUUGAGGAAAGCGGACAUGCUCGAAAAGGAGCAAGUCGCCCAUGUCAGAGCUGAAAGAGACGUCCUUGUCGAAGCGGAUCAUCAAUGGGUUGUUAAAAUGUACUAUAGUUUCCAAGAUCCAAUUAAUCUCUAUCUUAUUAUGGAGUUUUUACCCGGAGGUGAUAUGAUGACGCUUCUCAUGAAAAAAGACACGCUUUCUGAGGAAUGCACACAAUUUUAUAUAGCAGAAACGGCACUAGCAAUCGACUCCAUUCACAAAUUAGGUUUUAUUCAUAGGGAUAUCAAGCCAGAUAAUCUUCUGUUGGAUGCACGAGGUCAUAUAAAAUUGUCCGACUUUGGGCUCUGCACGGGUUUAAAAAAAUCUCACAGAACUGAUUUCUAUCGGGAUCUAAGUCAGGCAAAACCGUCCGAUUUCAUGACUUCAUGCGGAAGUGGCAGCGGUGGAGCUAUGGAUAGUAAAAGAAGAGCAGAAAGUUGGAAACGAAAUAGAAGAGCAUUAGCAUACAGUACAGUAGGAACGCCCGAUUAUAUAGCACCAGAAGUCUUCAUGCAAACCGGAUAUGGAACAGCGUGUGAUUGCUGGUCUUUAGGAGUAAUAAUGUAUGAAAUGCUUAUAGGUUACCCUCCAUUUUGCACUGAGAAUCCUCAAGAAACGUAUAGAAAAGUUAUGAAUUGGAGAGAAACAUUAGUGUUUCCUCCGGAAGUACCAAUUAGCGAAGAAGCUAAAGAUACUAUCACGAGAUUUUGCUGUGAGGCUGACAGGAGGUUAGGGGCCCAAAGAGGUGUUGAAGAAUUAAAAUUAGCGCCCUUUUUUCGUGGUGUUGAUUGGGAACAUAUCCGAGAGAGACCAGCGGCUAUUCCAGUGGAAGUACGUUCUAUAGAUGACACAUCAAACUUUGACGACUUCCCCGAUGUUAAAUUAGAAAUACGUGAGUCAUCAGCGCCAAUGCCACAGGAUGGUGAAACGAUCUACAAGGACUGGGUAUUUAUUAACUACACAUUCAAACGUUUUGAAGGCUUAACACAACGAGGAACACCAACCAAAAAAUAGCAACCUUUAAUAAAGCAAUACAAUUGCAAUCAAUUGAAUUAUCGAAAGAAUGACUUAGGUGCACAAUUCAUAUUGUCCAUUUCAUAAGCUCUACUAUUAUUAACUAUUAAGCAGAGUCGAUUUAGUUUGUGUACUCCGAAAGUAAUUCACUCGUUCCUCUAUCAUGAAAAACAAAAGUGAUAGACACCAUUAAAUAAGUAUUAUGUUUGAGAUGACAAAAAAAAACUAUAUAUGUAUAGUAUAAAAAGACUUGGAUGAAAAAAACAGAUGGUCUAACUCCAAGUGACCAGAUUGUGUAUGCGAUUAAAAAAAGCAGUGAUAAAAGAAAAGGGAAAUUAAAUGUAAAAUGCAUUGACAUAAUUGGAAAAGUGCAUUAAAAAAGAAAGAAAGAAAGAAAAAAAAAUUGCGUGCCGAAUUUUUUCGUAAGUGCUGAACGCAUCCAGACAAGAAACAGAAUAAAAAAAAUAUAUAUAUAUUUGGAUAUGUUUCAGUGGGACUGUAGUAGUGUAUAUGUUGGUUUAUGAUUCUUGCAGUUUCAGUUCCGAGUAUAUUAUUUUUAAUCCGCGGCAAAGAGAUUUAUUGUUCAAUUCGACAUAUUUAGCAUAAUAAGCUCUCUGUGGUAAGGUGUUUUAAAUGACGAGCGCCAUGAAUUAUUGGAGCUUUGUCCACGAGCACUGAAUCGUUCUGAAUUAACAUUGUCGUGCGAAAAACUGAAUAAAGAAAAAAAACAAUGAAUA